UUCUCUCGACCAUUUGACGCUUCGCAUUUUUCGGAAGCGUUGUUGCUCUGCCCGUGACGAGAGAGAUAGAGAGAGAAAGAGAGGAAAGCUGAAGAAUCUCCCGCCUCUUCUCUCCGUCAAUUCUUAAUCUGACGCUUCUGCAAAGGCAAGAGCGGCAGAGAGUAAGGUUGGUUAAUUCACCUUUUUGUUCAAAUCAUAUCGGUGAUCAAUUGGCUAUGGCUGCCCCUGCGACUGCAACUGCUCCAUCUAGUGGUCCUCGUUAUGCGCCGGAAGACCCUACACUUCCAAAGCCAUGGAGAGGCCUUGUUGAUGGGAACACUGGGUAUCUUUACUAUUGGAAUCCGGAGACUAAUGUAACACAGUAUGAGAGGCCUGUUUCUUCCUCGCAUGCAGUCCAGCCUGUGCCACCCAAGUCUUCUUCUGCCUCUAUAAGUUCCUCAGUCCAAAUUCAUCAAUCUUCUCAAGGACAACAUCGUAGUGUUAGCAGCAUAGAAGACCUGCGAUACCAUGGCAAUGCAAAUGGUGGGCCAAAACUUUCAGCAUCCCCUGGAUCGAGGAACCUUCAGAGUUCAAAGGGUGGUAGUGCAUAUCUGAAUGGGUCUAGUGCACAGGCUCCAAGGGCAGCUACCAGAGGACAUGGAUCUUCAGAUACAGGGAGCGGUUUAUCUUCGGAGUCCUAUCGCCGUCAUCAUGAAAUAACUGUUUCUGGAGAAAAUGUGCCUGCACCUUUUUCAUCGUUUGAAUCUACUGGCUUUCCUGCAGAGAUUCUUAGAGAGGUACACCAUGCUGGGUUCUCUACACCAACACCAAUUCAGGCCCAGUCAUGGCCUAUUGCUCUUCAAGGUCGUGAUAUUGUAGCAAUUGCCAAGACAGGAUCAGGGAAAACCUUGGGCUACCUAAUUCCAGGGUUCAUUCAUCUCAAACGCCGCCGCAAUAAUUCUCAGCUCGGUCCAACUGUUUUGAUACUCUCACCAACUAGGGAAUUGGCCACGCAGAUACAGGACGAAGCAAUAAAGUUCAGCAGAUCAUCAAGAAUCUCAUGCACGUGUUUAUAUGGAGGUGCCCCAAAACCUCCCCAGCUGAGGGAGCUGGACCGAGGAGCAGAUAUUGUGGUGGCUACUCCUGGCCGUCUGAAUGAUAUUCUGGAAAUGAGGAGAGUAAGUCUGUCUCAAGUGUCAUACCUGGUGCUUGAUGAGGCAGACCGCAUGUUAGACAUGGGUUUUGAACCUCAGAUACGGAAGAUUGUCAAGGAGGUACCUGCCCAGCGACAAACUCUCAUGUACACAGCAACAUGGCCGAAGGAGGUGCGUAAAAUUGCAGCCGAUUUACUGGUUAAUCCAGUCCAAGUAAACAUUGGCAACAUAGAUGAGCUUGUUGCCAACAAAUCUAUCACUCAGUAUGUUGAAGUGGUAGCACCACUGGAGAAGCAAAGGCGUUUAGAGCAGAUUCUGCGAUCUCAAGAACCUGGAUCUAAAUGCAUUAUCUUCUGCUCUACCAAGAAGAUGUGUGACCAGCUUUCUCGUACGAUAAGCCGCCAGUUCGGCGCUGCAGCCAUUCAUGGUGACAAAUCUCAGGGAGAAAGGGAUUAUGUGUUAAACCAGUUCAAAAGUGGGAGGGCUCCUAUUCUUGUAGCAACUGAUGUUGCUGCUCGAGGCUUGGAUAUUAAAGAUAUUAGGGUGGUGAUCAACUAUGACUUCCCCACUGGAAUUGAAGAUUAUGUUCACAGGAUCGGAAGGACUGGAAGAGCUGGUGCCACUGGAGUGGCUUACACAUUUAUUGGUGAACAGGAUGGUAAGCAUGCAUCAGAUCUUGUAAAGGUUUUAGAAGGGGCAAACCAGAGAGUUCCCCUGGUGAUCCGUGACAUGGCUGCACGUGGUGGUGGGAUGGGAAGGUCUCGACGCCAGUGGGGGUCUGGUGGCUCAGGCGGGCGUGAUGGUGGCCGUGGUGGACGAAAUGAUUCCAGUUAUGGUGGAAGGGUUGGCAGGGGCCCUCCUCCAUCUUCAGGCAGAUCAGACAAAGGCUAUGGAGGUCGUGGACAUGACCGUGAUCUUCGUGACGGAUAUGACCGAUGUUACAAUGAUGGAAAUGAUAUGGAUGCACGUGGGAGAUAUGACAAGAGUUAUCCUCCUGCAAGUAGUAGCGACCGUCGCAUCCGUAGCCGUAGCAGGAGCCCUAACAGGGUAUCUGGCUGGGGCAGCAGCAACCGUAGUCGAAGCAGAAGCCGUAGCCGUAGUCCCAUUGGGUUUGGUAGAGUUCCACCUGUGUGGAGACAUUCACCAGUUGGCAGGAGGGACGCCUCACCUAAUGGUCAAAUAACCUUGGAACCAAAACAUUCGCCACCGCCUGUACAACGUCGGAGUCGGUGGGGUGAAAAAUUACCAUCCCCAUCUGAUGUGAGAGGUAAUGGCAGUGUUGCUGGUGGACGCUCCUCUCCUUACAGGGUUGAGGAAGAGGAGGAAGGCAUAAUCCCCGCUGAUGAAGAAGGUAUGAUUCCUCUGGAUGAUGAGGAAGGUAUGAUCAGUGGUGGAAGGUAAUUGUUCCGUGGAUGAGAGCAGCAUGAUUUGCUCUUGUUUUUUUUUAUUUUUAACUAUAAUAUCAAGGGUAAGUUGCAUAUGCUUGCGACGGGCAUUUGUAUCUGUUAUAAUCUUCGUAGGGGUGUCUGGUUUUGUAUCUUUUUUUUUUUUUUUUUUUUUUUUGGGGGUUCUUUUCUGAUUAUUUUUUGGAGAUGAUUUUAGAUAAUGAGUUGUAGUCAUAGAUCGUAACAUUUGUAACAAUUGAUUUACAUGUUUUCUUCUGUAAACACCACAAGUUAGUAAUCCUUGUUCUUCCUGUA